UAAGGCAGUGUCUAAUACUCAUCACAAUAUAUAAGCAGGCCAUAACCUAAUGCUUUUGCACUACAAAUCAGUUUUCUACUUGAAUCUUCGUUAUCCUUCUUUUUUUCUCCUUGAACUCGAAUAUUCACUAUGGCAGAUGAGGUGGUUCUGCUAGAUUUCUGGCCAAGUCCAUUUGGGAUGAGGGUCAGGAUUGCACUUGCUGAAAAGGGUAUCAAAUAUGAGUCCAAAGAAGAGGACUUGCAGAACAAGAGCCCUUUGCUCCUCAAAAUGAACCCGGUUCACAAGAAAAUCCCGGUUCUCAUCCACAAUGGCAAACCCAUUUGUGAAUCUCUCGUUGCUGUUCAGUACAUUGAGGAGGUCUGGAAUGACAGAAAUCCCUUGUUGCCUUCUGACCCUUACCAGAGAGCUCAGGCUAGAUUCUGGGCUGACUUUGUUGACAAUAAGAUAUUUGAUCUUGGAAGAAAGAUUUGGACAUCAAAGGGAGAAGAAAAAGAAGCCGCCAAAAAGGAGUUCAUAGAGGCCCUUAAAUUAUUGGAGGAACAGCUGGGAGACAAGACUUAUUUUGGAGGAGACGAUCUAGGUUUUGUGGAUAUAGCACUUAUUCCAUUCGACACUUGGUUCAAGACUUUUGGCAGCCUCAACAUAGAGAGUGAGUGCCCCAAGUUUGUUGCUUGGGCCAAGAGGUGCCUGCAGAAAGACAGUGUUGCCAAGUCUCUUCCUGAUCAACACAAGGUCUAUGAGUUCAUUAUGGACAUAAGAAAGAAGUUCGACAUUGAGUAGGUUCAUGUUGGAUUUUAAUAGCCAUAGUGACGUAUUGAUCAUUCUUGGCCUUUCAACUAAAUAGUAUUUGUGUAGUAAAUUAAAGGCACUUGGAUGUACCAAACUUCAUGCUUUUUGUAGGAGUGCGUAGGUUUUAAAAAUUUUCUGAUGUAUCUUUCAUGUGUUUGUUGGUUUUGUAACAGAAUAUUUCCUGUAUUAUACAUAUAUUUGAGUCACUAGUACAUUAUCUCUUA